GAGAGGAUCAAGAUCAUGAGGAGGACGAUGACGCGGAAGAUUACACUAUAACACAUGGUGAGUCAAGAACGGUUGGAACAGUUGACGUAAACAACGAACAGUCGUUGAAGAAGGAGCAGGGUGCUGUUCGUGUUGAGCACACCGAGGAUUGUGCCCCUCUAGAAGCGACCAGAGCCGGUGAGUCGAAAUUACCGUAUUUUGGUCAGCAAGAAAAGUCGCCGAGGGCGAAUGCAGAAGAAGCCGCGGAACAGAAGACCACUGAUCAUGGAGCAGGAGGUACUUCCUUGGAUCGUUUUCGUUGAUGUUUUUCAUCGACAAUGAGAAUAUGUUGUAUAUCAGUCGGUUGCUAAUAAUUCUGCUCUUGGUAGUUGUAGUAGUUCUAGAUCUAGAAGAUGACCGUCAGGAGCGAAUCUAAGUAUCUGACAACACAACAGCUGGUGCGUCGUCGGCAGCUGCAGCUGUUGAGGAGAAUGGUCUGAAGCAGCCUGUAACACCACCUGUCGGAAC